GAAAGCUGGAGCUGGUGUCCCUCGGACUAUCCAGCUUCAGUACCCCUCAUAAAGCUCUUUUUUCGCCCUUACUUACCUUUACACAACUCUCUUCUCCUCUGUAUGUUUCGAUCGCUUGUAGUGCGCUCUUCUUUCGUCUUUGCUAAACCUUCGAGAUUACUGUCUUGUGCUACUUAUUUCCGCACUUAUUCUUCUGCGACAUUCGGCAACAUGGCGAGCUUGGGUGGACAUUCAAAGAAGCACAAGGUGACCAUUGUGGGAUCCGGUAACUGGGGCUCAACAAUUGCCAAGAUCGUCGCUGAAAACACACGCGCCAACAAAGAUCUCUUCGAGGAAGAUGUCCAGAUGUGGGUCUACGAGGAGGACGUGACGAUUACCAAGGACUCCAAAUUAUAUGACGAAACCACCGGCGACAAGCCCCAGAAACUCACAGAAGUCAUCAACAAGCACCACGAGAACGUAAAGUACCUGCCCGGUAUUCCUCUGCCCUCAAACAUCAUCGCCAACCCCGACAUCCGCGACGCUGUCAAGGACUCCACCAUCCUCGUCUUCAACUUGCCCCAUCAGUUCAUCGCAAACGUCUGCAAGCAGGUCAAUGGCCACAUUCUUCCCUAUGCGAGGGGAAUCAGCUGUAUCAAGGGUGUCAAUGUCACUGAUGACGGUAUCAGCCUGUUCAGCGAGUGGAUUGGCGAUGGACUAGGCAUUUACUGUGGUGCCCUCAGUGGUGCCAACUUGGCUCGUGAAAUUGCUGAAGAGAAGUGGUCAGAGACUACUAUUGCUUACGAUCCUCCUGCUCUCGAUAACAGCAGAGCUCCUACACCACGAACCGGUAGCCCCAACCCUACAAUUGGCGAGCUCCCUGAGAUGCAGCACAAGGAUGUUCGAGGCCGAACUUCCAAGACCAAGCUCACCGCUGUGCCAGCCGAUUAUCCUCCUCUGGAUCAGGAUUGCUUCCGAACUCUCUUCCACCGACCUUACUUCCACGUCCAGAUGGUCUCCGAUGUCGCGGGUGUAUCUCUGAGCGGUGCCUUGAAGAACGUAGUUGCUCUCGCAGCUGGUUUCGUUGACGGUCGUGGUUGGGGUGAUAACGCAAAGGCAGCCAUCAUGCGCGUCGGUCUCAUGGAAAUGGUCAAGUUCGGCAAGGAAUUCUUCGGCGAGACCGUCCACACAGCUACCUUUACCGAAUCCUCCGCCGGUGUCGCCGAUCUCAUCACAUCCUGCUCCGGUGGUCGUAACUUCCGCUGUGCUAAGAAGGCGGUCGAGAAGGGAAUCUCCGUGCAAGAGGUUGAGAAGCAAGAUCUCAACGGACAGAAGAUCCAGGGUACCACCACCGCAGAGGAGGUGAACAGCUUCCUCAAGGCUCGCGGUCUAGAGUCGGAGUAUCCGCUGUUCACGGCGGUGAAUGCCAUUCUCAACGGACAGGCCAAGGUGGACGACAUCCCCCAUCUUGUGCAGGAUUCUUGAUUUUGAAAGAUGAAAUAUUUAGCGAGUGUAUCGUUGAUUGUAUGUAUGCACUGUGGCGUUUGUAUGGCUUGUGCGGUUCUACAUGGUUUACCCGGAUCAGGAGGGCAUGGGCAGUGAUUUAGAGUCAUGAGUGAUUGUGCUGUACUUUGCUGAGUGGGAGGGUCUGACAUAUACAUGAAAAUGAACAUAGAAAUGAUAUUUAUUUACGAAUACAGUUAUUCUUUGUGAAUGCCU